GUUCCUCAUUCACUCACUCAGAAAAGGUUGAGAGAGGGUCUCUCAGCAAGAGAAGGGUAAUAAAAAGGGGAUUGUUUGAACAGAGAGACUGUGUAAACAAAGGGAACUGGGUUGUGUUCUUGGGGACUCUUAUCAGCUGUCUUCAACACACUACUCCUGCAGCACUAUAGGACUCCUGGAUGGAGAGGCAGCAGGGACAGGUAAAUGGAGAUCGCCUGGAGCGCCUAGAUCCACUCUGUGACUCAGAGAGAGAGAUGAUCAAGGACACCUGGGCCAAAGUCUACCAGAACUGUGAUGAUGUCGGGGUGGCCAUUCUCAUCAGGCUCUUUGUGAACUUCCCCUCCUCCAAGCAGUACUUUAGCCAGUUCCAACAGGUGGAGGACCCUAAGGAGCUGGAGAGGAGUGCCCAGCUCAAGAAGCACUCCCGCAGGGUGAUGAACGCCAUCAACACCCUGGUGGAGAACCUCCAUGACGGGGACAAGAUGGUGUCUGUUCUGAAUCUGCUGGGCAAGGCCCAUGCACUCAGACACAAUGUGGAGCCUGUCUACUUCAAGAUCCUGUGUGGGGUAAUUCUGGAGGUGCUGGUUAAAGACUUUCCUGAUUACAUCACUCCAGAGGUGGCAGGGGCGUGGACCAAACUGCUUGAUGCCGUCUACUGGCACGUGAAAGGCGUGUAUGAGGAGGUGGGCUGGGCCUCCAGCUCUGCUGUGUGAACCAUCUGUCUGUCUGUGUCAAAGUAACCGUCAGUGACUACUGUGGACUCCCGGAGACUGACUACUACUGGGCCUUGGCUUAGGAGGAGGACGAUCUACGUCUGACCAUUCAAGGGAAGAAAUGUAUCUUUCCAGAGCUCAUAGAAUCUGCUCAUAGAAUCUUCCUAUGUAUCAUCAUGGCUCCCUCCCUGUAUCUGUCCCAUGCCCCCACUGUGGGGUGUGUCCUUCUGAUGGACUCUCUUAUGAACGAUGGGGUGGUGGUUUGUGCCGACUUUGGUUGGAAUGUGUGUGAAUAGCCAUAUGUGUGUAUGCAUUUAUGUUUGAGGUAGAGCAUAAGCCCUACACAGACUGAUAUAAUCUUGGAUGUCUCUUCAGCUACAUUGCCAUGAGAUUAUGUUGAAGAUUGAGGAUUGGCAGACAUAAGAACUGUAUUAUGCCAUAGAGACUGUCUAAACGUACACUCUCAUACACAUUUUUAUCUUUACACCAAAAACAGAUAUACAGGGGAGAGAAUGUCUUCUGCUACUCACACAGUUGUUAACCUGGGUUGUGCCUUUCUUUAUUCCUGACACUGACAUCAAGAUCUUUGUUAAUUUCAUGUGAUGCUUUGCUGUUGUUUCCUGGGCAUUAUAUUGUAUUUCAGAAUCAGUCACCCUUCAGAAUCAGAUCCACUUUACUGUCACAAAAUGAGAAAUAAUAACUUGUGAGGUGUGGUGUCCACAUUUAAGCAAUGUAAAUGUUUUUUUUGUAUCAAUGCCUGUAUCUGCAUAAUAACAUAAUAAACCAAAACAAUUAUGAUCUAUGAUGGAAAUCAUGACAUGCA